AUGACCCUUAUUUACAGAAACGGAAAGGUGGCUCGGCCCGUUGCCGAUGACGUGUUGGCCGAGCCCGCUAGCUGUGGGACUUUUGCAUUGACCGGCGGCACCAAGUGGACCUUGUAUCUUGGCAUUGUUGACGCAUCUAAAAGCGGCAACUGGGCUCGCCUUGUCCAGAAAAUCUCUAGCCAGCCCUAUGUCACGCACGUGUUUCUUGAUGCCUUUGGGUUCACACCGUCGGGUAUGACAGCAGAGGCCUACCGUGAAGCAAUGCGUUAUCUACCGUCUGACUUUGCCUCUCAGUAUCUCAAUUUUCAUAUUGGCAAUACUGGUGCUCCAUGCGAAAAAGAUCUCUAUCAUUUCGAAGAGCGCUCACCGUACUUCUUACACAACAGCAAUGCAGAAAACCAUGACGCAUCGCUAAAAUUCGCUGCUAGAGAAACCGCUCAUGUGUGGAUCGAGUUUGCAUAUGGAAUCGAGCCCUGGGAGGCGCACACUUUCAACAAGAGGGUUCGAAGAGUUUGUCCGGCAGUAAAAUGGGAGAUAAUAACUCCAAAGGCGGAUAGAAUCAGAGAUUAUGGUUAUUUGAAACUUGUCGGGAAACAUUUUGAUAGGGUGAGAAUCGUAGGACGAAGCACAUUGAGCCAGCAGGUUCGGGGAGAGUUACUAGGCCUGCCACACUAG